UCGCUGGGGCUGCUGGGGCGUAGGCGUCGGGGCCGCUAGUAGAGCUGCGCGCAGCUGUUGACGCGCUUCUCUGCUCCUGCGCUCCGGAGCCCAAACUCCUAGUGCAAGCUGCAGGCGCACGAGGGAGGAACGCGUGGAGUAUGAAGAGGCAGGGGGCCUCCUCUGAGCGGAAACGGGCGCGGAUACCGUCCGGGAAGGCCGGAGCAGCAAAUGGAUUUCUAAUGGAAGUCUGUGUUGAUUCAGUGGAGUCAGCUGUGAAUGCAGAAAGAGGAGGUGCUGAUCGGAUUGAAUUAUGUUCUGGUUUAUCAGAGGGAGGAACUACACCCAGCAUGGGUGUCCUUCAAGUAGUGAAGCAGAGUGUUCAGAUCCCAGUUUUUGUGAUGAUUCGGCCACGUGGAGGUGAUUUUUUGUAUUCAGAUCGUGAAAUUGAGGUGAUGAAGGCUGACAUUCGUCUUGCCAAGCUUUAUGGUGCUGAUGGUUUGGUAUUUGGGGCAUUAACUGAAGAUGGAUACAUUGACAAAGAGCUGUGUAUGUCCCUUAUGGCUAUUUGCCGUCCUCUGCCAGUCACUUUCCACCGAGCCUUUGACAUGGUUCAUGAUCCAAUGGCAGCUCUGGAGACCCUCUUAACCUUGGGAUUUGAACGAGUGUUGACCAGUGGAUGUGACAGUUCAGCGUUAGAAGGGCUACCCCUAAUAAAGCGACUCAUAGAGCAGGCAAAAGGCAGGAUUGUGGUAAUGCCAGGAGGUGGUAUAACAGACAAAAAUCUACAAAGGAUCCUUGAGGGUUCAGGUGCUACAGAAUUCCACUGUUCUGCUCGGUCUGCUAGAGACUCAGGAAUGAAGUUUCGAAAUUUAUCUGUUGCCAUGGGAGUCUCACUUUCUUGCUCGGAAUAUUCCCUAAAGGUAACAGAUGUGACCAAAGUAAGGACUUUGAAUGCUAUUGCAAAGAAUAUCCUGGUUUAGCCAGACAUCUCUGAGAGACAUGGAUAUCACAGGAUGAAGGUAGAAGUAUAAUCUGCAAUUCUCUAUGACACAGCUUUAACCUUCUUCUCUGGCCAGGACAGUCACAAUCUUUGUUUUAAGUUUCACAUGGCCACGGAGAAUGUGCCCAAGAAGAAAAGGAAUUUGAAACAGAGAGAAUCACUUCCUUAAUUUAGUCUUACCAGCAAUUGUCAUCAUGGUUAAAGCUGGUCUGUACUUCUACAGACAGCAGCUUUGUCUGUUUUCAGUGGAAUUAAUUGAUGAACUGGGAAAAUUCAGCUGCAUGGUAUGAAUUCAGAGUGUGACUUAAGGGUUAUUUCAGUAGCAGUAUUUUGCUUUUUCAUUUGUAAAAUAAAAAUUUCCACUCUUA